UCAGUGGGACACAGGCCCCAUCGAUUCAACGCAACUGCACACAUAAGCACUUACUAAUAAUAAAGCUCUGUUUGAAUGUCAUUUUCAUGGAGUACUACCUCUAACACACAUGGACUGUCAAGAGGAAAAGCCAAUCAUCUACACCAUGGAAAACAAGCCGAUUGUAACAUGUGCUGGGGAUCAGGGCUUGUUCACGUCUCUUUAUACGGCGUUGGCUCAACAACUUCCCAGGGAGCCAAUGGAGUGGAGGAGGACUUAUGGCCGCGCACCGAAAAUGAUCCACCUUGAAGCUAAUUUUGUCCAGUUUAAAGAGGAGCUGCUCCCGAAGGACGGCAACAAGGCUCUGCUCACCUUUCCCUUCCUCCACAUAUACUGGACCGAUUGCUGUGACACGGAGAUGUACAAGAGCUCAGUGAAAGAGGACAUGAUGCGCUGGCAGAACAUCUUACGGAGCCACGGCUCGGCAGACUGGGUGAUCAUCGUCGUAGAAACCAAUGACACGAAGAAGAAAAACAAGACAAACAUCCUGCCUCGGUCUUCCAUCGUGGACAAGAUCCGCAGUGACUUCUGCAACAAGCAGAACGACAGGUGCGUGGUUCUGUCAGAUCCUCUGAAGGACUCGUCUCGCUCCGUGGAGUCUUGGAACGCCCUCCUGCUGAAGCUGCGGACUCUCCUCCUCAUGUCCUUCACUAAGAACCUGGGCCGGUUCGAAGACGAUAUGCGAACGCUCCGAGAGAAACGAACCCAGCCCGGCUGGAGCUUCUGUGACUAUUUUAUGGUUCAGGAGGAGCUGGCCUUUGUUUUUGAGAUGCUGCAGCAGUUUGAGGAUGCUUUGGUUCAGUACGAUGAGCUAGAUGCUCUUUUUACGCAGUACGUCCUUAAUUUUGGAGCUGGAGACACGGCUAACUGGCUCGGCUCGUUCUGCGCGCCGGUGCGUAACUGGAGCGGCUUGCUUCUCCGACGGCCCAUCGACAUGGAAAAGAGAGACAGCAUCCAGCAUGGAGAGGCCAGCCUGUUGGACCUGAGGAGCUACCUGUUUUCUCGUCAGUGCACUUUACUCAUCUUCCUGCAGAGACCGUGGGAGGUCACUCAGAGAGCCUUAGAGCUGCUUCACAACUGUGUCCAGGAGCUGCGUCUGCUGGAGGUGUCUGUUGUGGACGGGGCUCUGGACUGUUGGGUGUUUCUCAGCUGCUUGGAGGUUCUGCACAGGAUCGAGGGCUGCUGUGAUCAGGCUCAAAUCGCUGCUAACUCCUCGCAUACUGUCGGACUCUGGGCUUAUGCUACAGAUAAGCUGAAGUCUUUGGGGGAACUCUGUGGCCUCGUGUCGGAGAAGGCUCCGACGUCUGAGGACCUGAAUCGGACUGUGGAUCUGCUGGCAGGACUCGGGGACGAGAGACCUGAAACUGGUCGGAGGAAAGGGGACCCUGAGCGGGCCGAAACGUUCUUGCAGGAGGCCUUGAAGUCGUACGUGUCUGAGGGGUGGAGUCUCCUCGUCACUCAUACCAGGAGACAGAUUGCCGAGUGUCAGAAACUGCUGAGCAGAACUGAAGACUACUUGCAAACCAGUGCCUUGUUGGCUGGUGAUGAGAAUCUCACGACCGAGGAAAGAAAGCACUUUUUUCAGAAAAUCCUCUCGUUUGCUGGCAUGCCCGGAGACCCCGCUCACAAAGUGUCUCUCAGCAUGAACGUUUUUGCUCAGCUGACACGACUCCAGUUCCACCCUGCGACAGCCUCGGUGCACUCCGGAGGAGACCUGCAGGUGGAGCUCACCCUGAAGUCUCUGAUGCCCGUCUCGGUGCGCAUACAGCAGCUAGCUGCUAGCGUUCACUUUGACGUGGAUCACGGAGGGACUCUCGGGAGGUCCCGAGGAACUCAGAGACUUACGAACUCGGGAACGAUGGAGUUCAGCCUGGGUAACCCGUCGGCAGGUCUCCCCUCCUCCGCAGCUCCUCGUCCUGUGUUGGAACUGGACGAGGUUCAGGACAGGAGCCCCUCGGACAAUUCUCUCAACUCCACGGGAGUGGUGUGUAAAAACACUCACCUGCUCAUGCGUCGCCAUGAAAGCAGCUCGCCGCCGGAAACGCCCAACUGUGUGAGCCCCCCCACCGUUGCUAUGAAGGAAGGAGCGCAGAUGCUGAAGGUGCAGGACGUAACGCUGGAGCCUGGAAACAACAGCGUCGUCUUCACUGCACCAAGUGGACAGCCUGGUUCCUACAUGUUGCGGCAGCUGUGUGCCACCGUGGGCCCCGUUCACUUUGUCCAGUCUCACAUCUACCCGUCGGUCAGAUACGAAGUGUAUUCUCAGGAGCCCCAGCUCACGGUGGAGCCACUCGCAGAGCCCCUGUUGGCAGGUCUGCCUCAGAUGGUGAAGUUCACGCUGUCGACGGGUCAUUACGCCGUGAAGAAAGGAGACGCUCUGCAGCUCAGUAACUCCGAGACCAUGCCCAUCCUGCCCUCCGCCAGCUGCACCACCCGCAUCAGCACCUCCACCACCGAGCUGGUGGGUGAAAGCAUCCUGUCCAUCCAGUCCUCGGAGAAGGUGACCAGCAUCAGCCUUCCUCCCACCCCACCCUACCACACGCUGGAGUUCCACUUGGAGGUUCUGUGCAUCAUUCCGUCCGGGUCUGAGCGGCCGGCCAACGAGAGGCUGACGAACGGGGAGAUCCGCCAUCGGCCGCGCAGCUACAGCCACCCUGACACCCCGAUGAUGGCCGUCGACCAGAGGAUGUCUAUCGACUGUCCGUGGUCCAUUUACUCCACCCUGCUGACCCUCACCUUCUACAUCCCCUUCAAGACCAAACACUCUCUGCUCUCUGCUGGUAACAGAAAGUACAUCCAGGUGUGUUUGCAGAACGUGUCGGACGUGAACUUCACGCUGGCCGAAGUGAAGCUGACGGAGAAGCAACACGCUUCGCUGGAGCUGCAGUCCUUCAACACUAAAACCCACCAGCUCUUGUGCAGUAAGCACAGUGUGUUCUGCCUGUGGGAGGUGAGGUGGAAGGAUGACCUGCCUUCCUGUCUACAGUGCGUCUUCUCCGCCAACUUCUCUCCCGUCAACCAGGAAGCCUCUGCCUUUAAACCGUUCCACUACCAGUUCCAGCUCGAGAGAGUCACUACGUUGUACAGCGUGAGAGCAGACAUCUUACCUCCUGCUGGCGAGCAGCACUGUCGCUGCGGCCUGGUCUGUGGACUCCAGGUGUGCAUCACUCGACUGACCGAGCCUUCAGAGGGAGAGAUCACAGAGGACAGCAGAACGGACACAGAUGGACUCAAAACAACCAAACUCAUGUAUGAAGUGGCUGACAGCAGCAGCAACUGGGCGGUGUGUGGAAAGAGUUCAGGGGUGGUGCUGAUGCCGGCGAAGGUCAACGCCGCGCACAAGGUGCAGAUCGAGGUGAUGCCGCUGUUCGCUGGACAUCUGCCUUUCCCCAAGAUCAAAGUGCUCAAAUACCUUCCUCAUGCGGCCGCAGUGGCCCCGCAGCCAGACCCGGACAGCUGCGUGGAGAACGACAGCCUGUCCCUGCUGGACAAGACGCUGGACGACCAGGCGGACACGGCGAGCAUCCGCAGCCGGGGCAGCGUCCACUCGGUGGGCAGCAGCGACCAGCAGCAGCAGAGGGGCGUGGCCAUGCCGCGUCUGGAGCCCUUCAGCCCCGGACAGGUGUUCAACCACAGCCACACCCAGCAGGUCCUGGUGCUGCCCACCACCGACGACCACAUCAUGGAGGUCAACGCCACAUGACCCUGGGGGUGAGACUGCCCGCACCCUUGUUAUGGGACUUGGCCCAGACUCUGGAUGAACUCCUUUAAGCUCUGAGACACAUCUGGGCCGGGUCCAGGUCAGAGGUCCUGCUGCAGGUCACGAUACGGACGUAAUCAGCAUGAAACAUCACUGGAGCCGUGACGGACUACACAGUGAAGAGCCAACUGCUGAUACGUUGAAAUAAAAACUCUUUCCUGCCAUACUUUGUACAUAUCUCAUUGAAUGGAUUUAUAGAUAUGAAUAUAUAUAAAUAUAUGAACUGAUGAAUCAAA